AAGACAAUGAGUAUGCAAAGCCCAACAGAUUCAAUUCAGAAUAAUUCUCUUAUUCAUCCUCCAGGUUUUUAUAUCAUUGGUCUUAUCUCUAUGCCUUUUGCAAAUGUAUAUGUCAUUUUCUUAACUUUGCUUUAUGUCAUAACUGUCAUUUGUAACUGUUUUGUAAUCUGCAUUAUUUGCAUGGAUCACCAUUUGCAUGUUCCCAAGUUCAUUGGAGUGGGGAACUUAGCAGUGGUGGAUUUGAUCCUCAGUUCAUCUCUCAUCUUUGCUAUGAUUAAGAUCUAUCUGUUCAAAGACAAUUUUGUGGAAUUUAAAUUGUGCUUGGUGCAAAUGUACAUAUACUAUUCUUUUUUAACACUUGAAGCCUUUUCCAUUGCCAUUCUCGCUUUUGAUCGAUUAAUUGCAAUAUGUUUUCCUCUGAGACAGAACACCAUUAACACGCCUACCACCAUGACUGCUAUUGUAGCUGCAAUGUGGACACUUAGCCACGGUGUCACAAUUUUAGCUGUUGCAGCUAUGACGUAUCUGUCCUUCUGUAAUUCAGUUCAAGUCAACAGCUAUUUCUGUGACUAUGGACCAGUUUUCAGACUAGCUUGUAAUGAUAAUUCACUACAGUGGACCCUUGCCACAGUUCUGAUUUUGUUGUGCAAUAUUGUCCCUCUGAGCUUCAUUGUUUUGUCUUACACGUGUAUUUUAAUUUCUGUAUUCCAAAUGAAAAGUGUGGAAAGUCGAUUUAAAGCUCUUGCCACAUGUACAGAACAUCUUAUUCUUGUGGCCUUUUUCUAUAUUCCUAUGUGUAUCAUUUUCCUGGUUGGACUUUUUCGAGUUCCAAUCAACCAGGAUCUGAGAAUAGUUGGUUUGUCUAUUUGUUCCUUUAUCACACCCUGUACAAACCCCAUUAUCUAUUCACUAAAAACCAAAGAGCUCAAGAGCAGAGUUUAUUUUCUGAUCAAUAGAACAUUUCAUAUUCAGAGACGUUCUGUUCAUCCACUUCAUAAGACAUGAACAAUUAUCAAUUUCCAGAGGUGUAAAGAUUUAUAGUUUUGAAUAAGUAAAACUGAAGUCAAUUGUAAUGUUAUACAUAUGUUUUAUAUUCAUUUAAUUACACCUUGGGACAGGUUUAAUGUUGUUGGGUUAUUUUAUUUUUCUAUUCUCUCACACAUAAG